AUGGUUCCUCUGAAUGCGGACUUCACCGUUCUCGACGACUUUAACCACGAUAUCCUCUCCAUCGGUACCAAUUCAAACGGGGAGGUUGUUGAAGUCAAACCCAACGACGGUCGUAGUCAAUGGCAUAUGACGCGACUGGCGAGCUACACGCAUGUUGUACGCGACAAAUACAGCAACAAAUAUAUACACUUUCCGACUCUGAAGGAUGGUGCUGUCGCCACUCUUAGCUCUGACGCCGCCACGUUAUUCGAAGCCGUGAUAGGCCCAAACGUUAUCUACAAUCUCAAUGCAACCGAUGCCAACCCUAGAGACGCUCCUUUGUUUUGGACGGUGGAACCACUCAGUGCAACGGACCAACGCCCUGUUCUGAAGCUACGUAAGCCGGCAUUUGGAAGAGCUCGUCAGGAUUUUCUCAUGAAGAAGACCCCACAACAAGGCUCUUAA